AUGGCCAUCUCUCAUCACCCAAUCCCGGGUGAUACUUCUCUAUCAUCUCCUCAUACCUAUCAACCAAACCUUCCCAAAACCCGUGCAAAUAGUAUUGAUUCUCCACAAACACUUUCUCCAUCCAUGUAUCUUUCUGAGAAAGCAGGAGAUAGAUCAAUGCUGACUGAUCAUCUGCCUCAAAAGCUGGUCUACCUUUCAGAUAAGCCGUCAAUACCUUCCCGGCCUCAUCACGAAUUGGCCCUUUAG